AUGGGUGGUGAUAAGCGGAGAGAGUCUUGGAAUGUCCCGAAGCAUUCCCCAAAGGGCCGACCGACUCUCGCACCGACCUUCCGGAAGGACACUAACAGUAAGUUUAGGCGCGGCGUGCGUCCAGAUAUGCUGCCACGGCCGCUAAAGUAUAAGAGUAGCCGAGUCGUCUCGACCGGCUUCUUAUCUUCAGCUUUCCGUGCGGGUAAUAUCGUGGUCGAGAUCGCUCAGACUAAUAUAAGCGUUCUUCCUGAAGCGCUUUUGCUACGGGACCACGCUCAGAAACAACAUAAAUUCGCUUUAAAGCAUGAUAUCAAGGCUCUUAUCACAUAA